AUGUCGGAAGGAAAGCGGGCUCCUGGUCUGUUUUAUAGAUUAAUAACGGCGUGUUUGUAUGGCAUUUGUUCAUUUUUUAUUGUGGUUAUCAACAAGACUGUUUUGACAACGUACAAGUAAGUAAACUCAGAUUACAACGGUUCAGUUGUAGCUUAAUGUGACCCCUUGACGCCCAAACUAAUAAACUGUGUUGAUAUCUUUUUUUUCUAUAGAUUUCCUUCUUUUCAAUGUUUGGGACUCGGUCAGGUAAGUAAAGAUGUCGCAAGUUGUGUUUGCGCCGGUUAUACGUUUACCUAAAUUACCUCUCAUUCCUUCCGGGUCCUGAAAAUUAAAUAAACCGACAUUCACUCUAAAUUCGAAAUUUCUCAUUUAAAGAAAAAAAUUUUAAACAAAUCAUUAAGAAUAAGAUUUUGUUCUCGUAAAUUCAAACAGCCUGUUUAAGUUACAGAAAAAAGAGAUCUUAUCCUAUAAUUUGUUGUAAAUUUUUCCCGUAAAAUAAGAAAACUUUUUCUUAAAUCGAGAGAUUCGGAGCAAAAUUUAGAGUGAUUAAUUGACUUCUAGGAGAAACAUUUACCUUUUGGUAUGCAGUUACUAAAAUGAAGUCAUGCUAUCAUUUGUGUGAAAUUGUGUGAGAUUGCUGCAUAAAUCAUAAAACUCUUCAACAAUACAUUAGUGUUGGUAAGAUCCCUGGAAAGAUGGUGGGGCCACAAGCACAAGAGCCGAGCACGUAGCGUAACCGUGACAACCCUGUGGGCGGCAACCACCAGGCACCAUCAUGUUGAAAAAACAGUGAAGCAAUGUUACUUACCUCGUACUUACCAAAGAGAGGGAGAGAGGGCGGGCAGUGAGGUUACAGAGCACAAUCAAAAGGGGUAAAGAGCACGAGAGAAUGAGUUGACCUCUACAACCGAGCUAUAAGAACACCCCCCCCCCCCCCCUGCACACAACUUGACCUAUCUGCAUGCCCGCUAUCGGGGGGGGGGGGGGGGGCUGACCAGCUUUUUUUUUGCAUUUAAAAAAGUUUAGGGAAUAAACUUUAACCACAGGGGUGUUUGUGAAAAAUUGGGCAGAAUAAUGAAAAUUAAAUAAAAGCCUGGGGAAAUUGUGGGGGGAAACUUGUUUUUCCAUUUAAAACAGGAAAGUUUCGAGUGCAACCCCUCCAAAACAGCGAAUUUAAACAGAAAAGGAGAUCUAAUUACACGAAACAAAAAAAAGAGGAGAGGAGAGGGGGGGGAGGUGGUUAACAAAAGCCAAAGAAAAAGUGAAAACCACACCCGCAAAACUGAGCACCCCAUACAACACAAAAACAAAAACCCCCCCCCCCCCCGGCCAGAACAUUAGCCAUAUUGCCAGCCCCCAUUAGGGGGGGGGGGGGAGUGGCUGACCAGCUUUGUUUUUGCAUUUAACAUAGUUUAGGUAAUAACAUUUAACCACAGUGGUGUUUGUGAAAAUCUGGUCAGAAUACUGAAAAUUAGAUACAAGCAUGGGCAAAUGUUGGGGGCAACCUUGUUUUACCAUGUAGACAGAGAAGUUCUCGACUGCAACUCCUCCAAACAAGGCAAUUUUAGUUUUCUCCAAAGCCCUUCAUGGAUCUAUAUCUGGUAGCUCUGCAUCUGGUGAUUUUCAGCUUUUUUACCUGGGAGGAUGUUGUCCGAAAUAGACGCCUUCUUUACAGUUUUUUCAACUUUUGACGUGACCCAGGUAGUAAAAAUCUGUAAACACUGCGUAAAAGAGAGCCUUAAAAUGGUAAAAUUAACAAGUUUGAUAGUGAUUUGGCGAGUAAGAAUUAAGAUACAGCUAUGCAAAGUUGUAAAAUCUUAUAGAGGUUUGUAAGGUGGGGGAAGCCAACUUGCCCUCCAGCAUACAAAUUUGUAGCUUUGCGGAACAGUCACUUGGCUCCCUUUAGACGUAUCACUUUCAAACUUGGCAAACUUGUUUGUUAACGUCUAGGCAGUCUUUUCAGUGUUGUCGAUUCAAUUUCGGCUAACGAUCACCAUCAAAAUUUGAAAAACCAUGAAAAGGUCAGCUAUUGUAAUGUGAAGUGAGGUCUGAUGAACAUUUUCUUCUGAUAAGUAUAGAUCUUGCCACCAUUUUUUAAAGCUGAUCAAAUCAUCAAAAUUUGAAUCCGAAUAAAAAAUUCUCAGUGAUGCUCACUGUCAAGUUCAGUGCAUUUAUCUCUUUUCUUCAGAUGCUUGCCACAGUCAUUGUCCUCUACAUCCUGAGGCUAGGUGGCGUUGUCAAUUUUCCAGGUUAUUCACUGUCAAUUUUGUACAAGGUACGUGUCAAUUCUGAACUUACUCAACAGGACGGGAGAGGAAAGACGACAGAAAACCUUGUGUGACAAGCGUGACAUUAGAAUAAGUUUGUUUGAGAAAACCUUCUGCCAAACUUCACUUUCCUUUAAACGGAUCUUUUUGUAAAAGACCAGAAAACAUUCAUGUUAGUGAAGAUCACGAUAAGACACGUAAGUAAUAACUUUGUCAUGUUCGUCACGCACUAGCAAUUUGCCGUCCUUUUCUUCCUGCCAUCCUGUUGCAUAAACUCACUGAUAAUGCUAUUUAUAACGGCGCAUUCCAUUAGGAUGGCCUGGAUCAGGAUCAGUGAUUCAAUAUCACUCAUAUCAUAGCACAUCAAUGGAAAUGACGAAUCCACGCUGGGAAAGGGUGAACUCGUUGGUUCAUUAAUUUUGAUGUACCACCCUCGUCCAAGUGAUCUUGGAUCACUGAUCCUGGUGCGGAUGAUCAUAAAGAAACACACCCUAAAUCAGUCCUUGUGGUUAACCCUGUAAGUCCCAAUAGUGACCAACAUCAAUUUUCUCCCAACGAUAUCCAUACAAUGUCAAGAGAUUAGGUUAUGAGAGUUAAUAAAAUGAUCACCAAAGAGAAAAUACUUUGAUCUUUUAUCAAACUCUCUCAACAUAUUUUUUAAAGAAAUGUAUAGAGAUCAGUUUGGAAAAUUUGCUUGUGGAUAUUGGGGCUUAAAGGGUUAACCCUUUGACCUGUAAGAGUGACCAACAUCUAACUUCUCCUUGUGGUAGCAGCAGGGUUUGUACGCAUCUUGAAAACCCUUGAAUUUUAGAGUCCUUGAAAUUCUCCUGUAUUCAUUUUGGUCCUUGAAAGUCCUUGAAUUUUAAUUGAGGAACAUUUUCAAACCUCCAAAAAACUUUAGCAAAUGCCAGCUUGAAGCCAACAGAAUAAUGAUAAUAAUAAAAACAAAAAAUUUGGAGUAUGUGUUAAAAGUAACAAAUUAGGUUAUAUUGAAAUCAGUUUAAAACUGUGGUCCUUGUAAGUCCUUGAAAUGUCUUUUUAUUUUAUAUGGAAGAAGUGUACAAACUGUGCAGCGCGGCACAUGAGAGGUGAGGUUCCAUAACACCGUGGGUGGAGUUGUUCAACACCCAGUUACCAAUAAUCUUGGGUUAACUGCAAGCAGAGUGUAUUAGUUUUUUAUGGUAACCAAACCUUGAUUUGCACUGUCUUUUGAACAACUCACCCCAGGCUAGAGUAUAGAACUGUGAUUGUUUCUCAACCUGUAUCCUGGAGACCCAUAUAGGUAGCAAUCUUUGAAGACUUAUAAUAAUAUUGCACUCUCUGAAGGUCUCUUGUAGCCGCAUGAGGUUGUUUUGUCACCUCCAGAAGAUUUUUCUCACUUGCGGUGUACCAAUUUUGAGAACCCAAAAAGGGUUCAUGAAAUAAAUUCUCUCUACAGCCAAAUGCCAUCAACAUUGCAAAUACAUUGUCAAAAAAAAAUUUCACCCAACUUUUGAUCAGUCAAGCAAUCAACAAAGCAUUGCCCUCUGACUUUGAUUUUGGUGGGAAAUUAGAUUAAAAAAUCCUUCAUGUGGGGCAGGUUGACCUCUUGUGAAUUAGUCACCCUAGGGGGUGACUAUAACCAGCAGUUUGAGGUCUUUACUAAACUAAUAUACCCUGACAUUUGGGCUAAUUUUGACUGUAGAUUGUAUUAUUGCAAUAUUACUGAUAAGAAAAAAUAUUAACUGGAAAUGCAUUCUAUCUUUAGCCUGUUUGAACUUGAUAUUACUUUGUUCCAAAGAUAGCUAGUACUGAAGAAGAAUAAUUACAUUCAGGUAUUUUUUACAUGUGCAAAUAUUAUUUCAGGUGUGGCCCCUUCCAUUGUUGUAUGUUGGAAAUCUUGUAUUUGGAUUAGGAAGCACAAAAAGGCUUAAGUAAGUUUUUAGUGAAAAUUUGAGGUAAUAAUAAACUAACAAGUUAGCAAUUAUUAUUGUGUGAACUUCAAAAAAAUAAAAUCAAAGAUGAUCCUUUAAUACAGACAGUGGUGUGUGCUGAAUUUUGUAUUUUAUGACAACUUUUGAGUUCCCAUGAGAUUAAGUAGUCAUUGGCCACCAUAGAUACACAAGAGGUAAAUCCUAUUGGGCACAAUAGCAGUAAUAACAGAGUGACAUCUUACACAUGAAAUUUUUAGAAUUUUCUCUGUGUUUUCACAAUUCUUGUGAAAAUUGACAUUUAUUUUCUCAGGCCCCCAUAAGAAAUAGUCUUUGGUGUUAUUACAGAUUAUUAUAUCUAUAGCCCUCGAAAAAUGUAAAAAAAGAAUGUGAUAUUGUUUAGAUUAUUCUGGUACAAGGUUUUUGUCCACUGAAAAUUAAAAUUACUCAAUUUCCUUACGGAUUCCAUCUCAAAGGUUGGCUGCCCAACAAGAAAAUCUACUUGAGCCAGACAACGGGGCACAUUUUUCUUUGGGCCCUAGCUCACAGCUACUGCUGGUUCUGCUGUAGCUGCUGUUUUUAAUAUUGUUGAGAUAAAUAGCUUGUUACUCAAACUUUCUUCACUUCAGCCUUCCAAUGUUCACUGUUCUUCGGCGUUUUUCAAUUCUUUUCACGAUGUUAGGAGAGACAUUUAUUUUAGGGUAAGUUAGUAGUUAAAUGUUUCUCAAACUUAAGUAUUUUGUGGCUCAUCAAUUGAAAAGUAUCUUUAUUUUAUGUAUUCAGUGUAAUUUGCAUUGAAAUGCAGCCUGACAUUUUGUCUCCCUUUGUUUUUAGAUCAAAGGCUGAACCACGGGUGCAGGCGACAGUGUUUCUUAUGAUACUGGGUGCUCUUGUGGCAGCAAGGUAAAUAACACAGCCUGAAAGACAGAUUCAGAGGGCUUUAGGGACUAUAGCAUCCCCACUUUUCUAAGAAUUAAAUUUUCUUUUGUUUUGGGAAACAAACCUAACAAUUAUUUUAGGAGGGAAAGAAAGGAUUAUACUUAUCCCAGUCAUCUAUUCAUCCCAGUCAUCCUAGCCAUCUUAGUCAUCCCAAUCAUCCUAUGUUAUCCUGAUCAUUCAGUCAUUCCAGUCAUUCUAGUCACCUCAGUCAUCCCUGUCAUUGUGCUCAUUCUACACAUCCCAGUAAUCGUAGUCAUUCUAGGCAUCCAGGAGUCAUCAUAGUCAUCCCAGUCAAUGCUAGCCAUCCCAGUCAUCCUAGUCAUCCUAGUCAUCCCAGUCAUUCUUGUCAUCACAUAACAGUUAUCCCAGUCAUUCUAGUCAUCCCAGUCAUCCUUGUCAUUCCAGUCUUCCUAGUCAUCCCUGCAGUCAUCCUGGUCACCCUAGUCAUCCUUGACAUCCCAGUUACCCUAGUCAUCCCAUUCAACCCAUUCAAGUCUAUCCCAGUUAUCCUAGUCAUUCCAGUAAUCCCAGUCAUCCCAGUUGUCCUAGACAUUGCGGUCAUCAUAGUCAUCCCAUUUAUUGCAGUCAUCACCCUUUGUCCCCUGGAUGGCCCUGAGUUCAAUCACUGCUUGUGAUCCUUGGCAAAUUCUGACCUUUUUUGUUUGUGGUUUUAGUGAUGACCUUGCAUUUGAUGCAACAGGUUACACAUUCAUUCUGAUUAACGAUGUCCUUACAGCAGCAAAUGGUAGGAAGUAUUUCAUUAAUUCACCUUUUUUAUUUCUUAUAAAGAAAUGUGGUUGAUUUAUUCAAUUUAUGUCAAGCACUAUUGAAACUUCAUGCCCUAUUAUUUUAGUUAUAAGAAGGGCUGUCACUAGAUUUCCAGUUACCGGGUUAAUGUUAUUUUAUAGUGAUUAUAGUGAUCAGCAUCAAAUUUCUCUUUGUAAUAUCAAUACUUUGUUAAACAGAGUGGUCAUGAGAAUUAUGGACAUGAUCACACAAGACAAAUUUGCUUGAUAUUUUAACAACUUCUCCCCACUAUUUCUGUAGGAAAUGAAUAGGGGCAACAAAUGAGAAUUCAGAUUUUGAUCUUAGGGUUUAAAGGGUUAAACAGCUAGGAAGUCCCUUUGGUUUUACUUUCCUCUUUUUUCUAGUAUGAAAGUAUUCGAGGGUAAUGAUCUCACACGAAACCCCCCUCCCCCCUAUUCCUUGUUAACAGCCCUGCCGUGGUGUUAGUAUACCAAGCCAUGUCACCUUUAAAGGGGUUUUAUAUCUUUAUUUUAAUGCUGGUCUUUUUGUUUAGGUGUUUAUGUAAAGAAAAAGUUAGAGUCAAAGGUGAGUUAUAAAAUUCGACUUAAAUAAAAUUAUUGUUAACAUUUUGGUCCAUCGGUCUUGAAUGACAAAUACAUGCACAGGAUGUUCCAAUGUAGCCUUGAUUAAUACUAUAGUCUGAGACAAGAAUAGUGGGGACACUUUCACUGAAUGCUGUAUUCUUCCUUCUUGCUCAUCUCCUCGCCCUCCCAAUGUUGUUUAUCGCAGUUAACUCACCAAAUCUUGUACACCAGCAUUAGAAGGGCGAAAGGAUAGUAAAGUGUCCCAGCAAUUUUGAAGUGAGACAGUAGUCUUGUUUAAUUAUUUCUACAGGUGGUUUCGCGAGUGAAACCCAUAAUCCAUUCCUCUACUCGAGAGAGUUGAUCGUUCGCGUCUCGUCAUUAGAUUCGUUGUAGUAUCUCUGAGAAAAAAAACAGAUGAUACUACUCGUAUUCCAGGGGGGUAAUCCUAUACUAGAUCUAUGUUGUUAGAGACAGUUUGAAAGAGAGCUUGUCUGCAUUUUGUGAUAAUUAAUUGUUAUUUCCUUUCGAUGAGGUAAAGAGGUUAAAAGCUCUCCUAACAAAUAUUUUUUCUUUAUUAGGAACUGGGCAAAUAUGGUUUGUUGUUUUAUAAUGCCAUAUUUAUGUUCGUUCCUGCUGUCAUUAUUGCUUAUGCCACUGGAGAACUUGAUAAGGUGAGACGAUAUUUCGCGUACUCGCUUGGGUAGACAUAGCGCCUCUGAUUGGUCGUGCUGCGAGAGAAGUUUUUUCAACCAAUCAGAAGCAAUGCCCAGGUGUGGGUAGUGACGCGUCAUCAGAAUGGAAUUUCUACGCUUGUUGCUCAGACGUCAUUUUCGCGGGGAAACCAGUGGUGACGUCGCGAAAUGUCGACUGUUUUCUCAGGCUGCUUAAAACGUCGCGUCAGAACAUUUCAUGUCUUUAUAGUCAUGCUGCAACAGCAAUGAAACAGACUAGUGACAUACGCGUGCAUAAUUGUUGUUUUGCUUAUUAAACCUGUUACUUUUUGAACGCUUUCGUUACCCUCAUAGUCGUGGUUGCAUAAGCUCCCUAUUUCCACGACAUUUCGCGCGCUCUUCUGCUUUGCCCCUCCACUCAAAACGCUGCAUCAGAACGGCCAUUUUUCAACGCUCUUGUCCGUCGCAUCCUUCGUUGCUAAAGCUCCUUAAUUCUGAACAAACAAGUGUAUUUUCCUCUCGCACAACUCAUCUCGUUCUCUUUCUUUGAGUAAAACAAGUGACUACCGUAUUUAUUCGAUUAACCGCCCUGGGCGCUUAUUAAAUUUUUGGACCUUGAGUGUGGGCGCUUAUUCGAGGUGGGCGCUUACUCGGGGCUUGGCGCUUAUUAAAUUUUCACCAUUUUCAGCAAGUGAAGUAUGUUUAUUUUGCAACAAAACAAUAAAUACUAAUAACAGAACGAGAAGAAGUGACAAAGCAAGGUUUCUGUAAAAUACUCUGAAGAAAACUCCGCCCUUGGGGAAGUCUUUUAUUAGAAUUUAUUCACUCAAGUAGGUGGGGUGGGGGUGAGCGCUUAUUUAACUUUGAUUGGGAAGAGGAGGGGGUGGGCGCUUAUUAACUUUUUCUGCCUUUAAGAUUGGCGCUUAUUCGAGGUGGGCGCUAAUUCGAGGUUUGGCGCUUAUUCGAAUAAAUACGGUAAUCAUUACCUGUACCUCAUUGUAAUCUUAUGCUUUUUCCUCUCCAGGCCGUUUUGUACGCACAGUGGCGCGAACCAUUCUUUCUCUUGUAUUUUCUACUCUCCUGUGUUAUGGGGUAAGCAAACAUAAUGCCCUUGUAUCCCGGCAGUGGGUGGGGCCACCAUAUCUGGGCUAGUUAGGUGUGUGGCACUGUUAACGAUAGGGUUUUCAAGGAAUUCCCCGGUAGGACCAACUAACCAACAAACAAAAACUAGUGAGAUCAUGCUGGUUGUGUUAUAAGAUCUUGUCUCAGUUCAGAUCAUCGCGUCAUAGGACGGUGACGUUAAGCCAUUGACCUUGUCUCAUAUUUCAUUAUCAAUUUAAAGGUCGAGGUGGGAGGGGGGGUACGCACCAAAGUUUUAUACGGGGGGGGGGGGCCUCCGCCCCGAGGUCCAACCCCUUACCUUUUAUAUAACAUUUUUUCGAUCGAAAAGGUACCCCUUUCAUAAACCUUCCAUUGACAAAUGGUACCCCUUUCAUGUACUCAGUUUAGGACUUUGUAUCCUUUUCAACUACUGUAAAUGCACUGUUUUUUAAAUGUGAACAAAUCACAAGACAGGAAAUUUUUGCGGCUUUUUCACAGCCAUGUGAAAGCAUGUGUGAUCAGCUCUCGAAAGUGAUCCCCCUAUUGUGCGUCACUGCUUGUCUAAUCUUGUCAGGGGCACCCAACGUCAAUUUUCGGAAAAUAUCUGUUCGGAAGACGAUUUGAGAUCUAGAAUUUUCGGAACAUUUGUUGUAAAAUUUCUUGGCCUUCCUGCCUCUCCUAGGAUUUUCGAACAUCUAAAAAAUGGUAUAAUUGCUCAUUUUUAACGGAUUUUUACCCUAAAAAGGUCACCUAGAAUUUUCGGUAGCCUUUUUUCUGGUUGAAAUUUUCGAAAAGGUAAGCUUUGAUCCCUAUAAUUUUCGGAUCACUAGACUUUCAGCUAGAAAAUCCGAACAGAUGAAAACUUUUAGGGGAUAAAAAUAUGCCUAUAUCUACAGUUUAAAUACUAAAAUACGUUUAACAAUGCAAUGUUUAAGUGGUUUUGAACUAUAUUCUCGUUGGAUGCCCCUGUCUUGUACUGCAUUCAGUUAUCAGCUCUAGUUAAUUAUACCAGUCAAAGCAUGGUACUAUAGUUUGAAUCAGUCUCGUAGGCGACAAUUCUCAGAAAUGACCACAAGAUCUUAGCAUCUAUUUAAUCGCUUACGGGAGUUUUGUCUAUGGCUCUCACAGCGUGACAAAUUGUCAGUCCGUCAGAAAGCCGAGAUUAACGCGAGGUUUACAAGAGAGUGGAAAACCGUUCUUUUCAUCCCACUCCUUGGGGGAAGGGCGUUUAAGCUGAUUUGACAUUUUAAUGAAGCAUCUUCAGUUAUUGCGUUAUUUCCACUUUUUGCUUGUAGGUUCAUUUUAAUGUACUCUAUAGUACUGUGUACUCAGGCAAACUCUGCGCUCACGACGACAAUCGUUGGAUGUUUAAAGGUAAACUAAACUAUAGUUGAAAAUCUCAUAACGAACAAUCUCGCCCGGGAAAGGGUAGCCCGUUCACAAAACCUCUAUUUUCUCUUAAAAGUCAGCCAGUUUGGUGAUUCUCUUCAGUAAGUGAUAUUGUUUCGAUAGUUUAAGCAAUCAAAACCUGUGCGAAACAAAACCUAUUUUAGGUGGUCUUGGGAUAUUAGUGAAAAAGCUGCAAAAACUGUGUGGUCAACUGUCUUUCGUAAAGGUCAAUUCAACUCAACGGACACCAAUUUUUGGGGUCAACUUAAUAAAACAUUUACUAGUGUAAUUUACAAGUGUAGCUAUUGUUUUCAGACUAUAAAACAAUGGAUACUCCUGUAAAUUACGCGUGUAAAACUUUCAUUAAAUUGACUCGAGGUCGACGUUAUCGUUUAGUAAUUUUCUGCUGGUCACGAUAAAACGGAGAACCGACACUUUUCUAAGACCUUCACUGGGUAAAGGUCUCGAUGGUGAGACCGUAUUCAAAGAUGACUUUUCUUUCCUUAGAAUAUUCUUGUUACUUACUUGGGUAUGUUUCUUGGAGGAGACUACGUUUUCACUGUCACCAAUUUUAUUGGACUCAAUAUAAGGUGAGAAUGACUGUGAUUUUAUCUUUUUUUGGGACUGAAACACUGGUCAUGUACCAUUAAGGCUAAGGGAGGAGUGCAUUGAAAUUAAUACUCACAUAUCAGGCACAGACAAUGUUUUCUAAAAAACCUAACAGAUGUACAAACACUGCGAGUAACUGGUCUCAAGCGCGGCAAAACACGUGGAAGUAUGCCACCAUUCGUUGCUGUUUCCCUCUGAUUGGUUGAGAAAGUGGCGCGGGUUUAUUAACCAAUCACAAAGCGAAUCUAUGCGGGUGGCGCUAACCGCGGGAAAACGCAUGCGAGCAAAACAGGAUUUGAAUUUUUGGGGGCAAGAUGAAGCAAAUCCUGUGUUCUGAUUGGCUGCCCAUCUUGCUUGCACUGCUCGGGGUUUGCCGCGAUGGUCCAAUAAGAAACGGUUUUCGUUUUGACCAUGUAAUAAAUCCUUUAUGGACCAAGCUUGAUCGGUCAAGUUUGCUUCAUACUGGCCUGUUUUCUUUGUGCGUUUUUAUCUGUUAACUUCGAUUUCGCCUCGGUUCAUAAAAAGGCAAAAGAGGAACUUGGCCAAUGUCCAUCCAUUUGACCUCACGAUUGGUCGAUCACAAAUAAUUUGUGCGAUCUACCUCUGUUUGGAGUGCUAAAAGACUUAAAAAGGGUUUUUGGAUUUCGAACUUUUCUCUCUUCUCCUCGUUACACUGCGUACAAAUGCGAAUGAAUUGUACACUAAUAGAAGAGACGCUAACUCACAAGAGUUCUUCAAAAAGCUUUUCGCCUUUUGAUUUAUAAAUCUCAUGGACAUUUAGUCGAUAAAGACUUUUAACGCUGCCUUGUACGUCUUUCUCUUCAGCGUUGUUGGAAGUGUGAUUUAUGCGUUUAUCACAUUUAGCGACAAAAGCCCUCCCCCGUCUCAAGUUGCCACACCCGGGAAUGAUGACAAGAAGCUUCUUUCCACUGUGUAA